AUGGCAUAUUUGUUUCUCUCACAGCAUCACAGGGCUAAUGCAGGGGAGUGGAGUUGUGAGACUUAUGGUAGUAAAGAUUAUAGGGGCAUGUUUUUGUCAAUGUGUCAACAGACUGAUGCUGCAGGCAAAGUGCUGGAUCGCUGGACCAUCAUGUCCCGUGAAGAGGAGAUCAUCACCCUGCAGCAGUUUCUGCGCUUUGGUGAGACCAAGUCCAUUGUGGAGCUGAUGGCCAUUCAGGAGAAGGAAGGUCAGGCAGUUACAGUUCCCUCAUCCAAGACAGACUCCGGGAUUAGGACAUUCAUUGAAAGUAAUAACAGGACCCGCAGCCCUGGACUCAUGACACAUCUGGAAAACAGUAGCCCAUCCAGCAUUCACCAUUUUGAAAACAUCCCCAAUAGCUUAGCCUUCCUGUUGCCAUUCCAAUACAUCAACCCGGUCUCUGCCCCUAUGCUUGGCUUGCCCCCCAAUGGCCUCCCCAUGGAAAAGCCUGCCCUGAGGCUUCGGGAACCUAGCCUGUCAAACCAAGGGGAGCAGGUGGACACCAGUGAGUCCGAAGUGUCUCUAUCACCCUUCUGCACAGGUCAGAGCCCUAGUCGUGGAGUACUGGGAGCCAUCAACAACACUGAACCGAAGACAGAGCCCAACAACCGUGCAUCACCCAUCUCCCCUUCCCCUUCCUCUCAGCAUGCUCAACAGCAACAACAGCAGACACAGCUCCAGCAACAGCAACAGCAGCAGUGCCAACAGCAGUCCCAAAAUCAACCUCAGCCCAACAGUUUAAGUGACCACCAGGUGCACCAUCAGUUCGUAAAGGAUGAACCUUCUAAAACUAUCAGUCAUCCUUCCUUCUCCUCAAAGAUGCAUCGUAUGCGCCGAAUGGGUGCCACCUCACGAAAGGGCAGGGUGUGCUGCAACUCUUGUGGGAAAACCUUUUAUGACAAGGGCACUCUAAAGAUACACUAUAAUGCUGUACACUUGAAGAUUAAACAUCGCUGCACCAUCGAGGGAUGCAACAUGGUCUUCAGCUCACUGCGCAGCCGUAAUCGCCACAGUGCCAAUCCCAACCCACGGUUGCACAUGCCCAUGCUGCGCAACAACCGGGAUAAGGACCUCAUCCGGUCCAAUUCUAGCUCUGGUACACCAGUCAUCUCAAGCAGCAAGAAUGGAGGCUUCACACUAACCAGCCCUGGAAGGCCACCUCUGGGCUUCACUACGCCACCUGUAGACCCUAUGCUUCAGUCACCCCUGCAAAGUCCACUAGUGUUCCCAUCACUGAAGUCAGUGCAGCCUGUCCAGCCAGUGCCCCCAUUCUACCGAACGCUACUGUCCCCAGCAGAUCUAGUCAGUCCUCCAGUGUCACUGCCAACCAGCCCUAUCAUGCCAACAACUACCAACAGCACUACUCUAAUGGAUCAGCAACAGCAGAUCCUGGCUGCUGCAGCUGUUGCUUCACACAAUAACAUUCACAUGUCAGAGGUAGGCCACUUGUCCCACCGCUUACAAACUUCUAGCGUCAAUCAGGACCUCACCACAAGCAACAGUGACCCCACGCCCAAAAAGAAGCCUCGUAAGUCUAGCAUGCCAGUUAAAAUUGAGAAAGAAGUGAUUGAUGUGGCAGAUGAAUAUGAGGACAAAGAUGAGGAUGAUGAUGACAUCCACCAUAAUCACCACCAUCACCAAUCCUCUAUUCUUCACAACAAUAUCAAAAUGAAUGGAACCUGCAACAACAACAGUGGAAAUGGCAGUGGACACCAAAGUGGUGGAAGUGGGCAACAAUCCCCUUCCCAAGAUGACAUGAGCCCGGGCUUAGCUCUGAGAGGCAUGAUGAGACAAAGUGAAGAUGAGUGCAGAGAAGGUACCGGGAGUGACAGCAGAGGCGCAGCGUCAGAGCUACGUUGUAUGGACAGCUUUACCUCAGAAGAUCAGGACCACGAGAGAGACUUUGAAAAUGAAUCUGAAACCUCUGAUUCCAAAAUGUUCUAUCGAGAUGAGCUGAUGGACGUGGAAGAACAACAAAAGCACAGCAGGGGCGGGAGGGUUCUUGACAAAGAACAAGACAAUGACGGUAGUGAUGAAGCUCAUUUGAGAAAAGAAAUUGGAGGAAAGAGUCAUUCUUCUCCCUCCCCUAACCAGCCCUCUAUCAAGAUCAAAGAAGAACUCAAUGAUCCAACAUAUGACAUGUUCUGCAUGAGCCAGUAUGGUCUCUACAACGGAGGAAUGGCAGCAGCUGCUGCUAGUAUGGCUGCUCUACAUGAGAGCUUCAUCUCGUCGAUGGGAUAUGGUGCCAGUCCACCCAAAUUUCCUUCCUCGCAAUCGCCAGAAGGAGAUUCAUGUUCAAGCCCCGACCCCAAGAUUUGUUAUGUGUGUAAGAAGAGCUUCAAGAGCUCUUAUAGCAUGAAACUGCACUACAAGAAUGUGCACCUAAAAGAGAUGCAUGUGUGCACUGUGGCUGGCUGCAAUGCUGCCUUCCCCUCCAGGCGGAGCCGAGACAGGCACAGCUCCAACAUCAACCUGCACCGCAAACUGCUGACCAAAGAGCUGGACGACAUUGUCCUGGACCCCCAACUCACGCCAUUACCCAAGGACCUGCAAGCCGAGUUACUGGCAAAGAUCUACGCUGGGUAUCACAUGGGCCUAGACCCCAUGGCCAGGAUGGGCAUCGGAGGGGCCUAUUUUGCACCCCCUGGUCUGAACCAUAAUGCCCAUUCCCCCAUGAGCAACGAGUACCACCACCAUCCUCUUAAUCAAGACCUUAAAAACCACCACACUAAUGGCCUGUUCCAGGGCCAGCCCGACGACUACAUGGUGUUGGAUUUGAGCACGACAUCCAGUGUUCAAUCCAGCAGCAGCGUCCACUCCUCACACGGGUCGGAGGAGGGCAGUGAUGAAGGCAUCUUGUUGGAUGACUUGGAAGAGGAGGGAGAAGAUGAGGAGGAGGAGGGCAACAGUGAGGGAGACGAUUGCUCCCAGCGUGCAGAGGGGCAGGCUGAAGGAGGCCAUCAGGAUGAGACUGGAGAACAUAAAGAAAGGCGAGGUGAGGGAUUGGACCCUUCCUCCUCACCGUUCUUCCUUUCGUCCACAGGGGGCAGCAAUGGUAGCCCCAGUGGGAUCCUCUGCAACAUCUGCCACAAAAUGUACAGCAACAAAGGGACCCUGCGUGUGCACUACAAGACUGUGCACCUGCGAGAGAUGCACAAGUGCAAAAUUCCUGGCUGCAACAUGGUAUUUAGCUCAGUGCGCAGCCGUAACAGACACUCUCAGAACCCCAACCUCCAUAAAAACAUGCCCUUCUCUACAAUAAUAGACUAGAGACUGACUUGCUACUUGACCCUCCUGUUUGUCUUCCCACCCCUCCCCUCAUUCCUCAUCCUUAUUCCUCCUCAUCUUAGCUAGUAACCCCAGCCCAGGAACAUCAACUGCAAGCUAAAUGCCUGUAUGCAUCCUUCCUGUCCAUUGUAAGUCAUUACGAGACACUUAUAUCUCCAUCUAUAAAAAUGAAUUGACUUAAUCAUUGUGUCCUUUGACUUGUUCUUCUUUGGAAGAACAGGAUGACACUUAUAGGCAUUGAGUUUGCUUUCAAAUAAACUUCCAGGAAUAUUUCAUAAGCCCAUCAAUAUUUUCUUUUUCUACCCUCUUGUGUUGAUAUCCAUCUCCAAAGAUUCCAUUCAAACUCUUAUUUGUGACUUUGCCUGCAGAAAAAAAUAGUAUUGACAAAAGAAAAUCUUCUUGUUGUAUUUGUGUAAUGAUAGCUUUUUAAUGAACCCCUUACAAAAGCAUGACAGCUCCAUUUGUAAAUAUUGUCCCAAGAGGCUUUCGGUGUAAAAGUUGUGUUGAUGGUUGUUUGCUUCUUUUUAUCCUCUCUUUAUGGUUUUAUGUUACAGUCCAGUACAGUACUUCCAGCGAUAGGCAAGAAAGAGGUAGCAUCUUAAUAGCUCGACUCAUUUAUUUUAGCUUCAAAGGAAAGAUUUAAACUGAGUCCUAGGGAAAAAACAAAUAUCAUGUGACUUGUUUUAACUGCUUGUUAGAUAUUCAGAAGUUGCCAGCAUGCUUUUGAGGCUCUUACACUGAUAUCAUUCUCUGUGUUUCUAUUGAUUUCUUUUUCUUUCUGUCUUUUUUUUUGUCUGUUCUGUUUUUUAAGCUUUAGUAUACCAAUUCCGUUUUUGCACUUUGCAUCUAUACAAGGGGAUGUGUAAUAUUAUUAUAAUGAGGCUUUUUGCAAUGGUGACUUUGGGUGUUGUCUUGGGUCACUGAUGCCCACAGUGCUGAGGGGGAACUGACAGUACCUUCAAUAUACUGUACUUGUGCCAGUUUCUUAUUGCACAUGUUCAGCUUCCAACACAGUCUCACAAUAGAAAACAUCCUGGAGAUGGACAGAACCAGAGCUCAUGUAUCAGUGCCCUAAAGCAUCGAUAGUCCAGGGCAGACUACAUUUGAACUGCUAUCUCACAAACUCAAAGAAACUGACUGAAGAUAACAUUAGAGAGUAAAUGCUGUAUGUUUCUCAUGCACAUCAUAAUUACUUCCAACAUUUAGGGAAUUCAUUUUUCCAUAGCAUGUGAUUAGUCGACCAAACAAAGUUAUCAGUGCAAGAAAUAGUGUGUUUUCAAUUGUCCAACAGAUGAGGCAAAUUUUAAAAUAGUCCUUAAACUGUGACCAAAGUAUAGUGUUUGCUUAAAAAAGAUUCUUAGAGUGUGACAUUGUGCUUAAACCAUGCCCAGUUGGAUGCACUUAGGUCUUAAAACUUUAUGUGACAUUUUACUGUAGGUUUCCAUUGCUGAGCACCAACUUUAAAUAUGCUGUAUGAAAGACAUUGACAUUAUUCUUCUCUUGGUUUCUAAGAACUUUUGACUUGACCAUGGCUCUCACGGUACACAUAUUUCCAGUAAAUAAACAAAGUAGCCAAGGGAGGGGGUAUUUAUUGGUAGGUGAUGUGUCUUCAUCAAGAUGUAUUUGUCCAGUGAAAGUACAGUUUUUGUUUAAAAAAAAAAGAAAAAAAGAAAAGAAAAAAGAAAAAUGCAAAAUGCAAAAUAGACACUGUUCAUCAGUUUGGACUGGUUUAUCAGUGAACUAGUAUUCCGAUAUGUUAC